AUGGCAGUGCCGACUCUGCUUCCCUCCGAGGCAACGCCUCUGGACGCGGGAAGGAAGCGACGGCACAGCGAGUUCAUCGAUCUCACUGUAGACGACGGAGUUGCCACUGCUGAGCGAGCGCCGGCCACCAACCCCGAAAGUGAGACUCGCCAAGAUGGGAGUGCCGACCAUGUCAAGCAAGAAACCGAAGGCGAGGAAUACGACGAUGGAGGCGACGAUGGCGAUCAAGACGACGAAGACGAACGAACGCUCUGGGAGCAAAUGGUGGACCACUUCGAGGAUCAGCCAUUCACGAACGGUAAGCCCAGCAGCCCGACCUGUGUGGUGUUGGAACAUGGAGCUGAUACCGUUCAGAUGGCUCCACCGGCGUGUCGGUCGAGCAGGCAGCUGCUCUACGAGCCCAGCUGCGACAGGUCGGUCCAGAGGAAUUCUUCGAGCAGACGCUAGAUGCCAUGACGCCCGCCCAACUCGGUACCGUCUUUGGUCUGGAUCCCUCCCUUGCCGUGGCCGACGAGGAGACCUUCUUACGAGUCCUCGGUGUGGCUGUGAUGCGGACCUUCUACCGACGCCAGAAGCUACAGAACUACAACACGAUCGACGACGCAGCAGAGCUCCUGAAGCGAAGUCGAAAUAUCACGGUCAUCACUGGAGCCGGCAUUUCCACCUCCCUUGGCAUCCCGGACUUCCGCUCCAGAGGCACCGGCUUCUACGAAAAGAUCCGCGAGAUGGGUUACUCGGAUCCCGAAGAGGUCUUCGAUAUCAGGAACUUCGACGAGAAUCCCGGGUAAGUCACGAGCACAGCGGAUACUCGCGUUUGUGAAAAAAGUUGACUGAAGUUCUUUGCAGCAUCUUCUACUCCCUAGCAGGCGACAUACUACCAGAUCAGAAGCGUUUCUCCCCGACACACGCAUUCAUCCGCUUACUGCAGGACGAGGACAAGCUGCAGACGAAUUACACGCAGAACAUCGACAACCUCGAGGAGCUCGCCGGGAUCGACGCGAACCGCAUCAUCCAAUGCCACGGGAGCUUCGCCUCUGCCUCGUGCCGCAAAUGUCACUUCCAGGUCAAGGGGACCGAGAUCUUCGACGACAUCCGGGCCCAGAGGGUCGCGCAGUGCAAGCGCUGCAUCGAGGACAUACGGAAAGCCGAGCAAGCCGCUCGCCCCCCGCGGAAGCGCAAGAAGUCGCGCAGUCGCUACUCCUCGAGCGACUCGGAUGAAGACGACGACAUUCCACAGCCGGGCGUGAUGAAACCGGACAUCACCUUCUUCGGCGAGCAGCUGCCCAACACCUUCUUCGACCGCUUCACCCAGCGCGACGCCCAGCAGACCGACCUGGUCAUUGUGAUGGGCAGUUCCCUCAAAGUCGCCCCCGUCAGCGAGAUGCCCAAUCACUUGCCCCACGCCGUCCCGCACAUCUACAUCUCGCGCGAGCCCAUCAAGCACGUCGAAUUCGACAUCCAGCUGCUGGGGAAUUGCGAUGAUGUCGUCUUCGAGCUCUGCCGCCGGGCUGGGUGGCAGCUGCAGCACGAGAUGCUGCCGGCGGGGUUUCAGGUCACUGUUCAUCCGGAAAAUCUCCAUCACCACUGGCGUCUCACACCACGAGCGCAGGCAGUAUGCGCCGCGGAGUUGGAAGACGAGGAAGAAGAAGCGCCGGAGGAGAUCCAGGAAUCCCUUGUGCCCGAGGAGGUAAACCGAAAAGGACAGGCACAGGCACUCCCCUGUGCUCCUCCCACCCAGACCAGCCCCGAGGUUCCUUCACGCAAAUGA